UGUUCUUACAUCCUGCUAAUACUGACUUUGUGUUAUUCUCGAGCAGGUGCCUCAUGAACCAGCCGCAGACAAUGCUGAUGUAGAAAUGAAAGAUGAUUCAGCCAUCAGUAGGGUGUCCGAAGCAGAGUCUGGAGUUCAUCCAGAGGCAAAGGAGUCAGGAGGACAUGAAUCUGAAACACAGACAAACAGAAACAGCAAAGGAGACGAGAAGUCUGGACAAGACAACGAGUCUGAACAUGAAUCGGACACGGAGACAAACAAGAACGGGAAAGAAGACGAUAUCGAUUCGCUUUGUUUUUAUUAAAGUAAAACUUAGACUGAUAAAUAUAUCCAUUUUAUAGCCAACUUCUCACCUUUUUCAGCAGGAAAAAGAUUCUCUAUAGAGAAUAAAAUGGAUGAGGACAUCCAAGGCUUAGACCCAAGGCUUAAGGCUGCUCUGAUUGGAAAUAAAUUUGAUUAUCAGCAAUGUCUCCCGAUUUUCAAAGAUUUAGUCUUUAAUGUAUUACAAGAAGAGGACGUCGACAGAGUAGAAGAUGCAACAAGCCGCCAGUGCAUUCAUCUAACCUGGACAAAGCAAAGGCAGUUCUCUCUUGAUGACAAAUGGCUUGAAAAGCAAGACGAACUUUUGUUUCCUCGCGGAAAUGUACCAAUUAAAGACCUUGGCCUAAUUCUUUGCUUUUACAUUGCAAAAAUGCCGUGGCUCUUUAACUUAAAGCGAGCUGUCACUCAAACGGGCCGAAGGCCCGUUUUCCGAUGGAAGCUUUAUUACACCAUGAAAAAUCAGAAGGGAGCCGGCAGGCCAAGUUAGGCCCGCUCCCUGCCGAACCGAGUUGCCGAUGGGGCGAAGCGGAGCUGGCAACUUGGUUUGACGGAAGAGCGGGCCGAGCUUGUUGAUUAGUUACGUUAUUUUAA